AUGAAUUACUUAUCUGCAAACAUUAGAGGGGCGGGUGAUCCUAUGAAAGCGGAUCAUAUAAAAGAAUUGAAAAGGAAAAACAAUAUAAAUUUCAUUGCAAUUCAAGAGACCCAGUUCACAGACUCAUCCAAACUUAAGGUAAACACUUUCUGGGAUAAUUCUAAUUUUGAGUCUGAGUCAGUGGCGGCUAUGGGCAGAUCUGGUGGUUUGCUAAAUAUUUGGGACCCAACGGUUUUUUCUAGAAAAUCCUCGAUUUCUAACAGGUUCAAUCUGGCCACAAUUGGGGAAUUAAUAAAUGGGGGUGGUGAAAUUAACGUUGUGAAUGUUUACGCACCACAUGAUAUUAAUCUUAAAAAAGACCUAUGGGUGGAAUUAACCAGCCUUAUGACGACCUACAAUGGGGCAUGGAUUCUCAUGGGGGAUUUUAAUUGUGUACGAGAACCCUGUGAAAGGAAAAACUCAAAAUUCAACUCACAAAUGGCUGAAUCGUUCAAUCAAUUUAUUUGCUUAGUUGCCUUAUCAGAAUACACUAUGUUGGGCUGCUCUUUCACUCACAGAUCUGAUGAUGGCAAACGGUUUAGUAAAAUCGAUAGGAUGCUGGUCUGUCCUUCGUUUCUAUCCAAAUGGCCGUCUGCAGUUCUAACUGGUCUGCAGAGAUACAGGUCUGAUAAUCGACCUCUUUUAUUAACAUGCAAUGAUGUAAGAUUUGGUAUUCCUCCAUUUCAAUUCUUCAAUUCCUGA